UUUCACUUGUUGUAUUUGCAAAGCAUUUGAAAAAGCUACAAUGGCUGACCCAAUCGACAAUAUCAUCGCUGUGUUACAGAGGUGCCACCAAAAUGUUGUUGUGCACGUUCGGACACUCAUCAACGAGAUGGAAGACGUGGACAUGCUGCAACAAAUCCUAGUUCUGCUACAAAAUACCAUGAACGGUCUGGACGCUAACGAGUUGCUGCAUCUGGAUGGUCCAGUAGUACUGCCUAACCCAGUUAAUGAACCGGCUGCUAACCCGGUUAUUCCAGUGGUUAACCUUGUUAGAAACAAUAUAUUCAAUGUGUUAACUAGGUUCACAACUCUUCUUGUGUACCUUGCAACCCGCCUACAUGAGAUGGACGAUUUGAAUCGGCUGCAACAAAUCCUAAAUUUGCUAGAAGGUAUCAUCAACGAUCUCGACGCAAACGAGUUGCUGCAUCCAAUGCUGGCUGGUCCAGUGGUUCAGGCUCUAGAAGAUAUGGUAAUCGCCGACGACCCACCUCAGGCUCCAGAAGAAAUGGUAAUAGGCAACGACGCGCCUCAAGCAGAGUCCAACAGCGACUAGAAUUGAUAAGUUACUUCGUAAUCAUUGGUUGAUAUGAUUAAUAAUUAAUAUUAAUGCUACUACUUGCUUUCUUAAACAGUAUAUAUAGAUGGAAUAAAAUCGUAGUUGUAAUAGACUUUGGUUUGAAAUAUCA